CUACAGCUCAUCCCACCAGUCGCGCACCGGCUGAAGGCCUCCCACCUUGGCGGAGUCGUCGGCAAACCACGCCUGAGGGCCCUCCUCUGCUGGCCGCUUCAUCUCCCACACGAGCGGAAGGGUGGCCACAGAGUAGAAGAGGGAGGCCAAGGGGUCGCCUUGUGUGGUCCCUUCUCGGCUCCACAGCGGCGCGGAUUGGUCGCGCAUGUAGAGGGCCGCAUGGCCGCGAUAGGUGUUGAACAGGAAGCGUGAGCACCGCGGCCACAAAAUGCGGACGUUCCACAGGGCGGCAGCGCGAUUCAU